AGGUGGGUGUGUUUAACAGAAGGAAGCAAUGGAAACCUGCCUGUCAGCCAGCCUUUAGAGCUAAUUAGCUCAGCACACAACAAAGAUAAGUGAGCCUGGGAGGAGGGCCCCCUGAGGGGUCUUUAGAGUCUGGGAAAUGUCUGAUUGGCAGAUGUUAAAAGGGAUUCUUUGGUAAUCCUGUGCAUCAAUGAGCUGCACAAAUUCAGUCCAGGACUGCAAGAAUCCAGGCAUGAGGACACUGUGCAGCAGGCUCACACAGGCAGACCCAAGAUGGACAGAACCUUGGAAUCCCUGAGACACAUCAUUGCCCAAGUCCUGCCUCACAGAGACCCAGCUCUAGUCUUCAAAGACUUGAAUGUUGUGUCGAUGUUGCAGGAAUUCUGGGAAAGCAAGCAGCAGCAGAGGGCCACGUUCCCCAGUGAAGGUGUGGUGGUGUAUGAGUCACUGCCAUCUCCUGGGCCUCCCUUUGUGAGUUAUGUGACCCUUCCAGGGGGAAGCUGCUUCGGCAACUUUCAGUGCUGCUUAAGUAGAGCUGAGGCCAGGCGGGAUGCAGCUAAGGUGGCCCUCAUCAACUCCCUGUUCAAUGAGCUGCCCUCUCGAAGGAUCACCAAGGAAUUCAUUAUGGAGAGCGUGCAGGAAGCAGUUGCCUCCACCAGCGGCACCUUGGACGACGCUGACGACCCCAGCACCAGCAUCGGCGCCUAUCACUACAUGCUGGAGUCCAAUAUGGGGAAGACCAUGCUGGAAUUUCAGGAGCUGAUGACCAUUUUCCAACUACUACACUGGAAUGGGAGCCUAAAAGCCCUUCGCGAAACAAAGUGUUCCCGACAGGAAGUUAUCUCCUACUACUCCCAGUAUUCGCUGGAUGAAAAGAUGCGCAGCCACAUGGCCCUGGACUGGAUCAUGAAGGAGCGGGAGUCGCCAGGAAUUCUGUCUCAAGAGCUGCGAAUGGCUCUGAGGGAGCUGGAGGAAGCCAGGAAAGCAGGACAAGAACUACGGUUUUACAAAGAGAAGAAAGAAAUCCUGAGUUUAGCUCUGACUCAGAUCUACAGCGAUCCUGACACUUCCUCGCCCAGUGAUGACCAGCUGAGCCUCACGGCCCUCUGUGGCUAUCACUAGCAAGGCCAGGGUCCAAGCACCAGAGGCUGGCGGAGGCCAGACUCUCACAUCAGGAACUUGAUUGAAGGAGGUUUACAGAGGCUUUCACCCCUAUAGCUAAUACCUGGAGGCUGUACUAAUCCUCUCCGCCCAUUCCAUUCACAGAAUCUGAGAGCAGUCAGGCCCUUUUAGGAGGCAGUGUUUUUCAUCACACUCACAAUAGUUCUACCUCAGAAGGAAAGGAUGGAGACAGGUAGUUUGAAAAAUAUUUGCGAGGGCUUGCUCCAACCUAAGGGCUGGUUGACAUGUGACUUGCUAGAUUAUAUAUGUUGUUUCAAAGAAUGGGUCAGGGUAGCAUCCCCUCAAAGAACAUCAGUGAGGACUAGGGGGGAAAGCAUGAUAGCAAUUUUCAUUAAAUAAAAAAAGCAUGGAUUGGAAUUAAAUAAAAAUAUGAUUGUUUAAAAAAAUAUUCAAAUGUCAGGAUUUCUUUCUAAACUUUGUAAGCUAAAAGAGCGUACACUCUACAGGCUGUAAUCCAAAACCACAAGGGGGAUUUUAUCUGGACAUCCCAUCAAAGAUCUUAAAAUGGUAAUAGUAUGAAACUACCCAAAGAAAUUAAUGUGAUUUAAAAUGCUCUUGUGAUAACUUUUGUUAAAUCCACACUCUUCCCUAUGGGGAUAAAUAUCACUUACAAUAGAACCCUCAAGAAGAAUUCCUCAAGAAUUAAUAUUCAAUUUUUACAAAUUCUAUAAUCAGUCAAGUUCAUUUAUAAUUUGCAAAUAGAUAACUUGAAUGGAUUUGUUUUUAUUUUUGUCACCACAGUCAUAUAUCUAUAAUGGAGAAAGUUAUUGGGAUUUUAAAGGUUGAAACAUUUUGAAGAAAUCAUUAGCAUUUCUCACGCAUUAGAGAGAAGAAAUCUUUAGCUGCCUUUGUUGUUGUUCAAGAACAUAAGCCACCAGUAGCUUAAUUUGUUGUCAUUUUUCAGUUUAAGUGACUGGAAUCUUUAAAGAAGGGUGAGACAUUGCCACUUCUCUUUGAAAAGGGCUUGGGUCAAACAACUGAUUAGAAAACCAAAAGCAAAUACACGCUAAAUUUUAGAUGGUCACUCAAGUUUACAAAUGGCA